AUGUCUACAGCAGCUGUUGUACAGAUUGCACCCAAGGUGGGUGAUGCAUUUUUCUCUCAACAUUGUAUCGAUUUAAUCUCUCGAAGUCUAGGUGGUCAAGUUAUUGCGUGUAGUGAUGACUUUUUCGCCUCGGCAGAAAAUUUAAUUUCACAGUCUCCUCCCAUUCGAAGAGAAGGUGUCUACGUGGAGACAGGUGCUUGGUAUGAUGGCUGGGAAACGAGAAGACACAACCCAGAACCCUCCGACUGGGUGAUUGCCAAGGUAGGGGCUUCCAGUGGCUGCAUCACUGGUAUCGAAAUCGACACCGCUUUUUUCAACGGUAACCACGCACCUGCCGUAAGUGUUGAAGCUACAUUUUCCCCUAACAAAAUUCCCGAUGCCAAUGCAUUUUGGACUCCAAUUCUUCCCAAGGUUUCAUGCGGCCCUUCUCAGCGACACCUUUUCCAAUUAGAGACCCCCACAAGUGAUUGCUAUACGCAUGUGCGUUUACAAAUGUACCCAGAUGGAGGAAUUGCUCGUUUUCGUGUGUACGGGAACGUAAUUCCUGUGUUCCCAGCCGACCUGGACAUUCGUCUAGAUCUUGCCCAUAUGUAUCUUGGCGGUCUAGUGGUUCAAUGUAGUAACCAACACUUUGGACGAAAAGAUAAUCUUAUUCUGCCUGGUCGGGGCAUCAACAUGGGUGAUGGUUGGGAAACCGCUAGAAGCCGAGAGCCUGGUCAUGUUGAUUGGGUCAUCGUGAAGUUAGGCACCAAAGGCUAUAUCGAUGAUAUCCUUGUCGAUACCAAUCAUUUCAAGGGAAAUUAUCCCAAGGAAGUUAUCUUGGAAGCAACGGACUCUCCCGAUCAUGUCCCUGGCCCUGAUUGUACUUGGGAGAUUAUUUUACCUGCUCAUAAACUUGGCCCUCAUAUGGAACAUACCUUCUUGGAUCUUGAGAACAUCGCCACUCCCAAGACGCAUGUUCGUAUGAUCAUUGUUCCUGAUGGUGGUGUCAAGCGUCUACGCAUUUGUGGCCGACGUGCCCCCCUUUAA